AUGGACAAUCUAGUUCAGCAUACCCUAGAUUCGUGCAUCACUUGUCAAGUUGUCGGCAAACCAUCGCCACCAGAACCUCUGCAACAAACUGACUUUCCUAAAGGAACACGGGAAUCUGUUCAUACCGAUUUCUGUCGACCGCUUUCUUCAGGAGAUCAUCUUUUAGUCGUCAUUGAUCGUUAUUCGCGAUUUCCGGAAACCGAAAUUGUGCGAUCCACGAAAACAUCAACUGUCAUUCCGAAGCUGGACAAAAUAUUUUCGGUACACGGCAUACCACGUCAAUUAAAGACAGAUAACGGUCCACCAUUCUCGAGUGAAGAGUUUGCACGAUAUGUAAAUGUCCUCGGUAUAAAUCAUAAACCCGUUACACCUUACUAG